UUACCAGCCUCACUGCAGUGUCCUUUUCCUUUCAAAAUCUCUGCAAAACUAAAGAAAGAUUAAAAAAAUAAUAAAAAAUCCCAAUUUGGGUUAUGAUCCUGACUUGGGGUUCACGAAAAAAUAGAUAAGUCUGAAACUACUGCGACUCUGCGACUCUGCGACUCUGCGACUCUGCGACGGCAAGAAGUAUGGAUUGCCCACUUUUUUUUUUCUUUCUUGCUUUUACAGAGAUACAGUAAACAUAUUUACCUGAAAGAAUCGCAUCUCCCAAAGUAGAUAUAGCGCAAAGAUUUUAAAAGCUGAUUUUAGCUCUUCUGCUCGUUGGUUAAUUGAUUUCUGCUCUUCUGCCUUCUCUCUGUUGUCUGGGACUCGAGGUCGAUCAUAGAUGUGGGAGGUGGGGGUGGGGGACCAUGUUUUCCUCGCUUUUUUUGGUUUCCCUUUUUAACUUUCUCAAUUGCUUUGAUAGAUGUAAAACCAAUAAAAAAAUGUACGUACAUUGCUUCCUGUAAUUGUAAGGAAAAACUGUGGAUCAAGGUUUGUAAAUGUCUAGCCGAGUAUACUUGCAGACGGGUAUUUCCUUUCCGUCUUGAACAUGGGUAGUUUUGAUUCCACCAUCCUGUGUUGGAUUUGCAUUCUUGUGGGUUUUUGACAAAUGGGUUCUUCCUUUACCCUGCUUUAUUGGUUAUUUUGAUCUUUCUAGCAUAUAGGCUCUGCCUUUCUUUCAGUUUUUAUCCUAUUCCUACCUUUCAGAUUGAUCUUAUAGUUUCAUUGUUAUCCAUUUUCUUGGCUAAGAAGCUGAAAGAGUUCUUAAUCUUCAUCCUCUGCAUCCAAGCAUCAAUAACUAGUAGCCAUUGUUGCUUCCUAGUUCCAACCCUGCUGAUAUGGUUUCACAAGGCUCAUCGGUGGAUCCAUCCAGUGUUCACCCGUUCACUGUCUCAGAUUUAGAUGUACUGCCAAUCAUCCAAUUACUUGGAGAACGAAUAUCUAGAUCAAUAGACCUGGUUCAAGAUCUGACCUUUACUGAGGAAUCUGAGACCUGCCACAGGAGACAUUUGAUGAAUCUUCUUGGAGUGGCAAACGAUACUGAUCAUCAACAAUGCCGUAGACUCUCACUAACUCUGGGUUCUCAUCUCCGGUCUCCUACAAGGGUUCCUUCGACUUUGACUUCAACUUCAUCCUUAAGGUACCAAUCAUGCUCCACUUCUUAUGGACCUGAAUCCUUCGCCACCAUUGUUGGGUGUUCAAGAUAUCUGAAGCCGGCUCAGACCCUGCUCGAAGAAGUUGUUAAUGUUGGGGCGAAGGAUUUGGAGUCUAGUUCAGAUCAACCGUUUAGAUGGUUAACCCGUAAUGGCAGGCGAGGAGCUCUCGAUGCCUCCACCGAGUUUCAAGGAGAGCAGUACUGUAAUGGGUCCUCAACCCCAGAGGAACACGAGCUCAAGAUUAGAAUUGUAAAGCUCAUUGCUUUGUUGGAUGAGGUUGAUGCCAGAUAUGAGCAUUACUACCAUCAAAUGGAAGAAGUGAUUUCAUCAUUUGAAGUGGCAGCAGGUAGAGGGGCAUCCAGGUCUUACACUUCUCUCGCACUCCAAGCUAUGUCCAGACGCUUCAGUAACUUAAGAAACGCCAUUAUUGUUCAAAUAAAUGGGGCAAAAAGAGAACUUGACCCGAAUGUAGCUGAAAUCCGUAACAGUCUUUCACAAGUUGGGGUGACCCAGAACCAGAAUCAAGCAUGGAGAUCAAUGAGAGGGUUACCAGAAAAUUCUGUGGCAAUCCUUAGAUCUUGGCUUUUUGAACAUUUCCUCCAUCCCUAUCCCAAGGACUCUGAGAAGUUAUUGUUGGCAUCACAGACAGGCCUAACAAAGAGCCAGGUUUCAAAUUGGUUUAUAAAUGCCCGAGUUCGGCUGUGGAAGCCUAUGAUAGAAGAGAUGUACAAUGAAGAGUUUGCAGAGUCAUCAUCAACAGGUGGACAAAAGUACACCUAAAAUCCAGAAUUUUAUCUCCCGAUGCAACUUGGUAUGGUUCAAGUCCCAUAUCCCCUUCCACAUCUUCAUUGCUUGGUGGACUCUUUCUCUUUCACUGCCUCUCAACUCAGUCCUUCCUUAUUCCAAAGUAGAUCCCUGCCCUUCUCUUCCUUGUUGCCUUUGUUGGAGCACUAAUGAAGAUGUUGACCAUCUCUUCUUCUGUUGUUCUUCCGUUACACGAUCUGGAAUGCUCUCCUCUGUAGACGUUGGCCUCAUAGAAGAAGAAUUUUCCCUUUAUACGUGAAAGGAUCUUGAUGGACAUACCAUUUGAUAGUAACACAAUUUGUGACUAUAUGGGUAAACUUGCCAUUGGAGUUGUAAUUAAUCAUGUAUGGAUGAAGCACAAUCUAAGAAGAUGGAUCUCCAACUUAAGAUCUUUCCAACAGAUCUAAAACACUAUUUUCUUUGAUAUUAGAAGCAAAUUAUCUGUGGUCCCCAUCUCAAUAUGCUGAUUCCCCUUUAAAUAGACUUAUUAUUGCCUCUUGGGGCCUCCCCCACUCAUUCUAUAGGGGAGUUUUUUAUUGCUGGAA